AUGGCUUUAUCCCGUGAAGAUUCUGUCUACUUAGCCAAGUUGGCUGAACAGGCUGAAAGAUAUGAAGAAAUGGUUGAAAACAUGAAGACCGUUGCGUCUUCAGGUCAAGAAUUAUCUGUCGAAGAGAGAAAUCUAUUGUCAGUCGCAUACAAGAACGUUAUUGGCGCCAGAAGAGCCUCGUGGAGAAUUGUUUCGUCGAUUGAACAGAAAGAGGAGGCCAAGGGUAACGAACACCAGGUCAAACUUAUAAGGGACUACAGAUCAAAGAUUGAGUUGGAGUUGACUAACAUCUGUGACGACAUCUUGACUGUUUUGAACGAGCACUUGAUUCCAUCUGCUCAAUCUGGUGAGUCUAAGGUAUUCUAUUAUAAGAUGAAAGGUGACUACCACAGAUAUCUGGCUGAGUUUGCCACGGGUGAUAAGAGAAAGGAAGCAGCGGACGCUUCUUUGGAAGCCUACAAAGCUGCCUCGGAAGUUGCCGUUACCGAAUUACCUCCAACCCAUCCUAUUAGACUCGGAUUGGCCUUGAACUUUUCUGUCUUCUACUACGAAAUCAUGAAUUCUCCAGAUAGAGCCUGUCACUUGGCUAAACAGGCAUUUGAUGAUGCCAUCGCAGAACUUGAUACCUUGUCAGAGGAGUCUUACAAGGAUUCCACGUUGAUUAUGCAGCUUUUAAGAGACAACUUGACGUUGUGGACCUCGGACAUGUCUGAGGCUGGACAAGAUGAGGCUGCCACUGAAAAGCCCGCCGAGAAAUCAGAAACUUCCCAACAACAACCUCAGCAAACCCAAACUGAGCAGCAGCCACCUGCUGAUGAUGCCCCAGCAGCUCAGCAGGAUUAA